AUGGCGACUGGACAAUCUGUCGCCGUCAAGCACUGGGCGCGAAUCAUCAAGCGAUGGCCCGUCGACCGAGUGCGUCCAGAACACAUUUCUUUCCAAACGGUUAUGCAAGGCCGUCUACAGAAAGCCUCGUCUCCCAGUGCAGCUGCGGAAAAUGUAAAAGCAAAUGAAGCUCUGGUGUCGCCAGCCAAUCCCCCCCAACUUGACGAAGCACGAGAAAUGCGACAAGUCAACGCUUUAUAUUCCUUGCUGGAAGAUCGAUACUUUAACGCAUAUCCCAUCCCAGCUAAACUACGGAAUCCGGAGAGCAUGCCUACACACUACGACGAUGUGAUCAAAGAGAUGGACGAGGCGCCGAGUCGGACAUGGACCCAGUCACUGAUGAAGAGGAUCAAGGGCUCUCUGCGUUUCUCGUGA